CAGCAACAGGUUUUAGCUCUAUCUUUCUUUAGACUUCGAGCGCGCCUUUUUUUUAUUCUUUGAGAAUAAAAGUACCGUAUUGUAAUCGAGUGAAAGCUAUCUAUCAGGACAAUAACUCGACAGUCGUGUAGCGGUUUUCAAUAAUGAAGAUAUAUAAAUUCUUAUCUCUAUUCGCAAUUUUUUUCUUCAGUGAUAAUGGUAGUUUAGCUUUAUUAAGAUCUAAGCAUAACAAGGUUGUAACUUGUUAUGUUGCUUCCUGGGCCAUUUACAGAAAUCAUAAUGGAAUGUUUGAAAUCUCUGAUGUCAAUCCAGAACUUUGUACGCACAUUAUAUAUGCAUUCGCCGGAUUAAAUAAUGAAUCAUGGACUAUUAAGAGCCUUGAUCCUCAUUUGGAUAUCGAAAGAGAUAAUUAUAAAAAUAUGAUCCAACUUCAUAAGAAGAAUCCUAACUUGAAAAUCCUUCUUGCAAUAGGAGGAUGGAAUGAAGGCAGUCAAACCUAUUCUGUACUUGCUUCAUCUCCCGAUCGUAGAAGUAAAUUUAUUGAUAGCGUAGUGAAAUUCCUUGGUGAAUAUCAUUUCAAUGGAUUCGAUCUAGAUUGGGAAUAUCCAGGAUCACGGGGGGGUAUGCCUGCGGACAAACAAAAUUUUGUUUCUCUUCUCAAAGAAUUAAAAGAAGCAUUCAAAAAAUCGAAUUAUCUAUUAACAGCAGCUUUAAGUUCUAAUAAAGCAACUAUCGAUAUGGCAUAUGAUAUUCCCGAAAUUUCAAAAUAUCUCGAUUAUAUUCAUGUAAUGGCUUAUGAUUAUCAUGGUACAUGGAAUAGAAAAGUACUUCCGAAUGCACCAUUAAAAAGCGAAGACGGUCAAAGUGUGGUGGAUACACUUACAUAUUUGUUAAGUAAAGGUGCACCACCAAAUAAAAUAGUAUUAGGAUUGCCAAUGUAUGGAAGAACUUUUAUUUUGGCUAACAAACUGAAUUCUUCUAAAGAAAGUCCUAUUGGUCAAACAACCAUAUCAGAUGGAUUCAAGGGACCUUAUACAGGUCAAAAUGGUUUCAUGGGAUAUAAUGAAAUUUGUGAAGAACUAAUAACUAAUGUACAGAAGUGGAUAACUGGGUGGGAUGAUAAUAGUAAUACACCUUAUGUAAUCAAUGAUGAUCACGUUAUUAUGUUUGAUAAUCCGAAAAGUUUAAAAGCAAAGAUUGAAUACGCGAUGAGUUUAAAUUUAUCCGGUGUAAUGAUUUGGAGCAUUGAUACUGAUGAUUUUAGUGGAAAAUGUGCAUCUCUUAAUAAUUCUCUAGAUCUAAGAGAAAAAAAAUAUCCUUUAUUAAGAUCAAUCAACAUGGUUUUGUCACAGAUUGAUUAUCAUAAUGACUUAAAUGACAAUAAUGAUGAUGACAAUGAUAAAAAUAAUAAAAACAACAAUAACACAUCUUCUGUUAUAAGAUUUUCAAAUAAUUUGAUUUUAAUAAUAUUUUUUUUUUGUAUUUCAUUUAAAAUGAAUCCAUAAUGAAUAAAAAGAUAAUAUAUCAAAAAUUAAAUAUAUUUUUUUAUAAUAAAUUCGAAAAAAUAUUUUUAAAACUAUUUUUCCAUUUUCAUCUUUAUUAAAUAUAAUAGUAAAUAUGAUUCA